CUGUCGAACGGUUCUUUGAUGUGUUGUGAUUUUGCAUAGUUUUAGCUUUGUUAUUUCAUAUAUAUUCAUGCAUUAACCUUACAUUUAUUUGCAUUUAGAGUCUAUUGCAUGUACAUUUGCAUCUUGUAGGUGUUGGAUGAAUUGUUUGGAGUUUUGGAGGUGAUUAGAGCACAAAAGGAGCUUUCGAGGAGUCUUGAACCGAACGUGUGAAAGACAAGCAUGGAUGAAGGUCUUAAAGAUAUCUUUUGAAACUUGUCUUUUGGGAAGACAUGGUAAAUUGAGUUAGCUUUACAAUGGAGGUGGUUUCAAGUCGUUUGGAGCUGUAUUGAGGGAUUUAUGAUCAAAAUACUACACACAUAUCAGUGUGUGCAACAUGGAGAAAGUGGAGAAAACUUUAAUGAGUGAGUUUUAUCUCUUUAAAGCUUGCAACAUGGGGGAUGGGUUGUCUAUCAUGAGUUUGGUGGCUCUUUUGGCCUAACUUUCUCUACCUUUUCUGAAGAGGCAAGACUACUUUGGCCAUAUGAAGGGGCAAAAGGUGUUCUAUAAUGGAAGAAAGUGGAGAAUAACUUUUAUGAGUGUGUUUUAUGCUUUAUGCUUUCACAUGAUGGAUGUGUUGUCAUCCUCCUUUACUUAGGCUAUAAAAGAGACUGCAAGGGGAAGGAGGAAGACACAAUACACAGAGUACAAUACAACAAAGAGUAGAGAGUGAAAGUUUUAUAGUUUCAUAUUUUGUAUUUUGAGAGUUUGAGAAAAAACAUUUGUUCUUGGAGUGUUCUUGAAGUUUAUGUUAUAAAGUCUUGUUUUCCUUUAGCCAUUCUCUUCAUCUAAUUUCUGUUUUUUUUGUUUUCAUAUAUCAUAUCAUCUUGGUUAUGCUUCUAUCCAUCAUGGGAUUAAGUGUAAACAAGAUGAUUAGUGAGUAAUCACUCUUAGGAUCAAUGGGUUAGGUAGAUUAAUGGGUGAUUAGGGAAGAGUUAAGGUGUUCUAAUGGUUAAAUGCUUAGAUUUCUAUGCUUACUAAGUAUUCUUAAUGCUAGAUUAAUUUUGGCCAUUUUAAUUUAGAUUCUAAGUGUUUGUAGGGCAUCGAAAGUGUUUGCAUAAUGCUUGAAUGGACCUAGUAAAGCUCUAGCUUGAAUAACCAAGGAAUUGUUGUUAGGAUUGCUAGAUGGUUAGUAGACUAGAACUUAAUGUAUGUUUGAGUGAACAAAACGAACGGAAGUUGAUGUUUAGUUCAUAAUUGCAUAAGGGUUUCUACCACGGGAGUGGAUUAAUCUAAAUUGAAUGAAAUCUAGACCAAUAGAAAGUUAAGAUUAUUUGAAGUUAGACGCCUUGAUUUAGAACUAUCACCUUGAAAUCAAUUGCCUAUAUACCCAUUGGUUCUUCUUUGUUAUAUUUGAAUUAAAACUCAAGUUAUUUCGCACUAUUACUUGUUACAAACAAACAUCAUUUGAUUGCACUUAGAUUGAGAUAAAUGGCUUGCAUUCUUAGUGCUUAGAAUCACUAGAGAUUGGAUUGACAUCUUAAGUACUACAACACUUAAGGAUUAAACUUAUCCUUUAUCAAGUUUUGGCGCCGUUGCCAUUCUCUAGAUUGAUUUUGACAUUAGGAUUUGGUCAUUACUUGAGACUAAGUCUUAUUUUUCAUUUUUAAGUUACUAAUUAUCUAUCUUCAUCUCUAUUUGGAUGACAGGUGCAUGAACUUGAGAAGCAAAGGAUCAACAAAUCUUGCACCAAGAGUGGACAACAUCAAAGCCUUAGAAAGAGAGUUGGGAAGACAGAGAAGAGAAAGAGAAAUACAAGCCCACUUACAUAGAUUGGGGCUUGAGAUGGAGAGAAACCCGAAUCAACCGGAAGGUGUCUAUGAAGUUGAUGAUCAUAGACAAAAUGUCCAAGGAGUUCCUCCUGGAGCUGCUCAAGAGGAACAUGGCCAAGGAGCUGCAAACCUUAGGCCUCAAAAUCAACAACGCCUGGGAAGAUCCAUUGGCACUUAUGAUCAACCUAACAUAAAUGGGAAUAGGUUGGGCAUUAGGGCACCGCCAGUUGCCAACAACAAUUUCGAGAUCAAGUCAAGCCUCAUCAACAUGAUUGAAAACAACAAGUACCAUGGACUUGCCUUGGAAGACCCACUAGAUCACCUUGACAGAUUUGAUAAGUACUGUGGCUUGUCAAAAACAAAUGGAGUUUCAGAGGAUGCUUUCAAGCUCAGAUUGUUUCCCUUCUCUUUGGGAGACAAGGCUCACACUUGGGAGAAAAACAUCUCAAGUGAUACUAUCACCACUUGGGAUGAAUGCAAGAAGGCCUUCCUCAACAAGUUCUUCUCAGCUACAAGGACUGCCAACCUUAGAAAUCAGAUCUCUGGUUUUCAACAAAGAGGACUUGAAGGAUUUUUAGACGCAUGGGAGAGAUUCAGAAGCUACCUGUCUCAAUGUCCUCACCAUGGCUUCAACAAUGAGAGCUUGCUAAGCACUUUCUACAGAGGAGUCUUGCCUAAAUUCAAAAGCCAGCUUGACACUGCAAGCAAUGGAAACUUCUUGGGGAGGACUGUGGAAGAUGCUUUAGAACUCUUGGAGAACAUGACACAGAGUGACUCUGUCUACAAUGAUGAAUAUGAUAGAAGAGACAGAGGUGGUGGAGGAGAAGAUAUGACCACAAAGAGGGAGCUGAAAGCACUUCAAGACAAGAUUGACAUGCUACUAUCAGAAAAGACCAAGAAAGAGGAGUUACAUAUGGUUGCUGAAGUUGAUAGAGUAGAAUGCCAAGAAGAUAUGUACUAUGUCAAUGCUCAGGGUACAUGGUACAAGAAGGAGCCUGACUAUCAAUACCAGAACAACUACCAACAGAAACCCUUCUACAACAACCAACAGAAGCCAUUCAACAACUACCAGCCAAGACCAUUCUACAACAAUCAGCCUAAGCCAUUCUACAACAACAACCAAGGUGGUUACCAACCCAAACAGAACUUCCCUCCUGGAUUCUCACCAAAACCAAGUCAACCUGCACAAGACCAAGCUGGAUCAUCAACACAACCUCCACAAGAGAGUAGUACUGAAGCUAUGCUGAAACAAUUAUUGGAGGGACAAGCAAGAAGUGAGAAACAAUUAGGGUAUGAGCUGGAAAAUCUCCACAACAAGAUUGAUGGGAAUUACCAUGAUCUAAACAACAAGUUCAAAGCCUUGGAGAACCAGUUUGUCUCUAUGACAGCCAGCUCAAGUCGCCAACAAGGUUCCCUACUUGGAAAGCCUGAACAAAACCCAAAGGAGACAAUAAAGGCAAUCACCCUAAGGAGUGGAAGAGAGUUGCCUCCUAAAGUUCUCAUUAAGGAUAAUGAGAAACAAGGUGGGGAGGUGGUCAUCAAUGUAGAUGAUGAUGUGGUGAUUGUGGAUGAGAAGACUAAUGAGGAAAUCUUGGAGAAGAUAGUUGAAGCUAAGGGCAAGAGAAAGAUUGGAGAGGAGAAAGUUGAGAACAAAAAUGAGGCUGCUACAUCAACAAAGGAGAAAUUGUUCACUCCUCCUCCCUAUGAGCCAAAGCUUCCCUUUCCUGGAAGAUUCAAGAAGCAACUCCUAGAGAAGUACAAAGCCUUGUUUGACAAGCAAAUGAGUGAAGUUCAUCUCACCAUGCCCAUAAUUGAUGCAUUUAUGCUGGUUCCACAAUACAGCAAGUUCUUGAAAGAUGCUGUAGAACAAAAGAAGAAAGAGAUGGAAGGGAUGGUGAUUCUUACUCAUGAGUGCAGCGCCAUUAUUCAGAGACUGACUGUCCCAAGGAAGCUAGAAGACCCUGGUAGUUUCACCCUGCCAUGCGCCAUUGGACCUUUGACAUUUGAGAGAUGUCUAUGUGAUUUGGGAGCAAGUGUCAGCCUCAUGCCACUAUCCAUUGCCAAGAAGCUUGGGUUUACACAAUAUAAAAAGUGCAAGAUCUCUUUGGUGCUAGCUGAUCGAUCUGUCAAGCUCCCCAUUGGCAUCCUAGAAGAUCUUCUUGUCAAGAUAGGAAAUUGUGAAGUGCUUACUGACUUUGUAGUGCUUGAGAUGGAUGAAGAGCCUAGAGAUCCUUUGAUCUUUGGAAGACCUUUUUUGGCAACUGCUGGAGCAAUGGUGAAUGUGAGAGAUGGCACAAUUGAUCUCCACCUUGAAAAAGAUCACACUCUCCAUUUUGAUAUCAAGGAGAUGAUGAAGAAGCCCACAACUCAAAGAGAAAUAUUCUACAUUGAUGAGAUGGAUGUCUUGGCUGAUGAUUUCCUUGAGGAGUUAGCGAUUGAGGACUCUCUUUAACAUGC